GACCAACAGAAAGCUGAAGCGCCGUGACGUCGUUUCCUGAGCGGUAGUUUUGCUGCCUGUCUGUCUUCGAACAAUUUUAGCCAACAAUCAACUACUAAGAACACAUCGAGGCGUUGACUGUCUGUUUCCGAUGCCUCCUAAAGCCAAGGCAGUUGGGAAAGGAAGAGCUCCUGCUAAGCGGAAGUUGGCAGAGGAGUUCCCACCUGGAGAAGUCCUGACAGAUACUGGAAAGAAGUCCUGGAAGCUGGGUGCUCCAAUUGGCAAGGGGGGCUUUGGUCUCUUAUACCUGGCUGAUCAAAACUCCGACAAACCCGUUGGACCAGAUGCUCCCUAUGUCAUCAAAGUGGAGCCGAGUGAGAACGGACCGCUCUUCUCUGAGCUGCAUUUUUACAUGAGAGCUGCCAAGCCGGAUCUGAUUCAGAACUGGUUGAAGGCUCAGAAGCUGAAACAUGUGGGAGUUCCCAGGUACUGGGGCUCAGGUCUGCAUACCAAAGGGGACAAAAGGUACCGCUUCAUGGUGAUCGACAGGCUCGGGACUGACCUGCAGAAGAAGUUCGAGGAAUGUGGAAAGAAAUUCCCUAGAAAACUGGUCCUGCAGCUCGGUCUUCGCCUGCUAGACACUCUGGAGUUCAUCCAUGAGCACGAGUACGUGCACGCCGACAUCAAAGCAUCAAACCUGCUUCUGAGUCACAAAGAUCCCAACCAGGUUUACCUGGUCGAUUACGGGCUGGCAUACAGGUACGCACCUGACGGCGUCCUCAAGGAGUACAAAGAAGAUCCAAAGAAAUGUCACGAUGGAACCAUUGAGUUCACCAGCAUCGACGCCCACAAAGGAGCAUCUCCCUCCAGGCGCAGCGACCUGCAGAUCCUCGGUUUCUGCAUGGUCCAGUGGCUCUGUGGUCAGCUCCCCUGGGAGGACCGUCUACAGGACCCGCUAUAUGUCAGAGACUCCAAGAUCAGGAGUCAGGAAGACAUCUCUGGUUUUCUGUCCAAGUGUUUCCCCCCUCAAGAAAAAACAGAAGAAAUCCAGAAGUUCAUGGAGGAAGUGAAGUCUCUAGGCUACAAAGACACACCGCCGUACAAGAAGCUGCGAUCCAUCCUGCAAAACGGGCUGAAGAGCAUCCAGGCGAAAGAUGACGGCCAGCUGGAGUUCACACCUGUCAGCAGAGUGAGAACACCUCCUGCCAAGAUGACCAAGAGGAAGAAAGCAGCAGACAAAACAGAGGACAACGACGAAGGAAAUUCUGUCAAGAAAAGGAAGUCCUCAAAGGAAAAAGAGGUCAAUGGAAAAGAGGAAAGUUCCAAAGCUGCUCCCAGAGCUCGAAAGGGUGACAAGAAAUCCAAACUGGUGGACAUGGCAACCCAGACGUCACCUGGACUUGCCCGGCAGACCAGAGGAAGAAAGAAAGUUGACUCCUAAAUGUUCAUCUGUUUCUACACUCCUCCUCCUUUGUCUUUCUGUUUCUGCUGCUUCUUAAACGUUUUUUUUUUGUAGUAAUAUUCUGAAAAAUGUUUGUGCCUGAGUGAAGCCACAGUUGUUGAAAUAAAGAGGAACUUAAACUAA